AUGACUGGCGCCCUUCAACCCUUCCUUCUGACCGAGGCCAUCGCAGAACAAUCUAAGCAAUAUCAUCGAACGACGCCUGAGGAACGCAACCAAGGAAAAAUGGGAACCAUCUUGCAAAACUAUGACAAACCGGACUGGAUUCAUGAGAGGGCAAUCCUGGCCCCCAAGAAUGAGUCAGUCACCAAGCUCAAUCUUCAGGUACAGGGAAUGCUGCCAGGCAACGGAAAGUCCUACGACUCGAUCGAUAUUGUCAUGGACCCAAGCGGAGCAGUAAACUACCCAACAGAAUUUCUGAACCCUUUGAACCCUCCAGGUUUCAAGCGCCUUCACUACCCAGUCAGGUUGGCUUUUGCCAUGACUAUCAAUAAAGCCCAGGGACAGUGUCUCAGAGUGGCUGGCAUCAACUUGGAGCAACCUUGUUUUUCUCACGGGCAGCUUUAUGUGGCGUGCUCAAGAGUGGGCUCUCAGGAACGCCUGUUCAUUUUGUCACCGGAAGGAAAAACAAAGAACAUAGUCUACCAAAAGACUCUCCAUUUCAAGCGCCUUCACUACCCAGUCAGGUUGGCUUUUGCCAUGACUAUCAAUAAAGCCCAGGGACAGUGUCUCAGAGUGGCUGGCAUCAACUUGGAGCAACCUUGUUUUUCUCACGGGCAGCUUUAUGUGGCGUGCUCAAGAGUGGGCUCUCAGGAACGCCUGUUCAUUUUGUCACCGGAAGGAAAAACAAAGAACAUAGUCUACCAAAAGGCUCUCCGGUGA